GAGCUUCUGGACAUGCGCCUUGGAAGCGGCUGCAGGACUUUGACGGGCCCAAAUCCUAGCUAUCAUGUGAAGGCUUUGGCCUCCUCUUUGACAUUGUGCCAUUAAGCUGCGCUGCCUUACUCAAGGCACUGGACUGUAAAAAUGUCACCACCGGCAUGACCAUCAUUACUUAUUUAAGAUCACUACAUCAGGAGGUAACAUCGCCACCAACAACGAAUUGGCUCCUUGGGCACAAAGGUGCUAUGUUAUUACUGUACACCCUAGGCUUUUAUGCCUCCCUUGGCCUGGCUGCCCCCCAGGGCAACUUCCCUAGGCUCGAGAACAUAGGGGCAUAUAAAUCUGUCAGCACCAUGCCGACGAGGGCCACAUGUGGAAUUCCUGAGAGAAGUACUUUCUGUCAAGCCGUCCAGGUUCAGGAGGAUCUCCACACCUGUAUCCAGAAGUUCUGUAUCCAGGAGUGUCCGUAUAGCUCCUCUACGCUAGACUACACCGACAUCCUCGCCACAAGCGUGGGCGUGUGCUGGAAGGGUGAUGCAUGGGACCACCGUCCAGGCGCGGAGGCCGAUUCCACCAGCUUCAUCUUUCCGACCUCGAGAGGUUGUCCGGCUUCCCCGUCGACUCUAAGCUUCGGCCAAGCGAGCUCAUUUACUCUAACGAUGUGGCUGAAACUCGAGCAAGACACUGUAAUGACUUUAAUGGAAAAGAGCGCUGUGGGCAGACUGGUGCUGCUGGUGACAGUCUCCAAGGAUGACAUUCAGAUCCACUACGGCAUUCACAGCAAACAAAACUUCUCCAUAAGCAUGAAGACUGCAGGUCAUAUUAGCAUAGGCCACUGGACACACAUGGCUCUACAGAUACAUGACACAAGUGUGAGCUUGUUCCUGAACGGUCAAGAGGAUGAUGGCACAGCUUUGGACACACAAACCUUGGCAGGACCAGUAGAUGACAUCACCUCAGAGGGUGCUCUGUGGAUCGGUACAAGUUUUAACGGGUCAAAUCAAUUCAUUGGAAGGAUGCAGGAUUUUAGAUUUUAUCCAAAGACGUUAACCAACAGAGAGAUUGAAGAGGUUUACACUGGACAAUUUCCUCACCUACACACCCAGUCGACAUGCCGCUGCCCUGCCAGCCACCCCAAAGUGCACCCCCUAGUGGAGAGGUACUGCAUCCCCAACGCAGCCAAUGAUACCACCCAUAACAAAGUUCUCCGUCUGAACCAGGAUGCCCACCCCCUGCAUUACAUCAACGACAAUGACAUUGGAACCACCUGGAUCUCCUCCAUCUUUCCCAAUUUAGAGCUGCUGGAGAAAGGAAUAACCAUCACUAUAGACCUGGAGAAUGGACAGUACCAGGUUUUCUACGUGAUACUCCAGUUCCUCAAUGCUCAGCCUGAAGCAGUCCACAUUCAGAGGAAGACAACUGGGAGCUCAGAAUGGAAGGACUGGCAGUUCUUGGCCAAGAACUGCAGCUACUUUGGAAUGGAGGAUAACGGGCCUUUGGAACGUCCUGAUUCUGUAAACUGUCUACAGUUGCCCAGCAACAUACCUUUCUCCCGCGGAAAUAUCACCUUUAGCAUGCUGACACCCGAGCCGAACCUGCGACCGGGCUACAAUGACUUCUACAACAGUGCCGCCCUGCAGGAAUUUGUAAGAGCCACGCAUGUGAGAAUCCACCUCCACGCCCAGUACCACACCCAAGAUCCCGCGGUUCCUUUCCGUCAUCGCUACUACGCCGUGGACGAGAUCACCAUCAGUGGCAGGUGUGAGUGCCAUGGCCAUGCAGACAGCUGUGACACUAGUGUGAGUCCGUACCGCUGCGCCUGCCUCCCAGAGAGCCACACACAUGGAGCUAAUUGCGAGAGCUGCUCUCGUCUCUUCAAUGACAAGCCAUUCAGAGCUGGAGAUCAGGUACAGGCGUACAACUGCCGCCCAUGCCAGUGCUACGGCCACGCCUCUUCCUGCCACUACAAUGCCAGCCUGGAUCCUCACCCUGAAGAUCACUUUAGAGGAGGAGGAGGGGUGUGUGAUAACUGUACACAUCACACCACAGGCAGGAACUGUGAGCGGUGUCAGAGUCUGUUCUACAGGGAGGUGGGUGCACUCCUGUGGGCCAUGGACGUGUGCAAACCGUGUGAGUGCCACAGCACUGGGACCGUCAAUGGCAGUUUAGAAUGUGAAUCGAUCGGGGGGCAGUGUAAGUGCAAGCGACAUGUGUCUGGCAGACAGUGCAAUCAGUGCCAACACAGAUUCUACAAGCUGCAGUCGGCACUGGCUGACGGCUGCCGCGCCUGUAACUGCAAUACCGCCGGGACCGUGCAGCCAGAUAUUACCUGUCACCAGGACUCAGGUCAAUGCCAGUGUAAGGCAAACGUAAUCGGUCUAACCUGUGACCAUUGUAACUACGGCUUCAAAUUCCCCAAUCGCACAGAUCCUGAUGGCUGCAUUCCCUGUGGUUGUGACCCAUGGGGUUCUCUACACCAGUUCUGCAAUCCUUUCACUGGCCAGUGCGAGUGCAAAGAUGGCGUACGAGGCCUCCUCUGUGACACCUGCAUCCCUCACUUCUACAGUCUGAACGGCAGUGGAGUCUGCCUGCCCUGCGACUGCAGUCCAAACGGAUCCAUUCCCGGUACCUCCUGUGAUGCGGUGACCGGACAGUGUAGGUGCAAACCUCACACAGAGGGCCGGCGGUGUGACGUGUGCUGGGAUGGAUACCACAGUCUGCACAGCAGCAACUCCUUGGGCUGUGUGCCUUGCCAGUGUGAGCUCAGAGGCACGGUGAAUGGCUCAGAUGUGUGCGACAAGACCACAGGCCAAUGCAUGUGUAAAAACAACGUAGAGGGACUAAGUUGUAAUCGAUGCUCAUCUCACACCUACAACCUGAGUUCUGCCAACGCCACGCAUGGAUGUCAACCAUGUCACUGUGAUCACAUGGGCACCGUACCUGCAACCGUGUGCAACUCUGUUAGUGGUCAAUGCGUCUGCUUGCCCACACGUUACGGUCAAGACUGUGGAACCUGUAAACCAGGUUUCUUCCUGUCUGAGGCGGGGUUCAGCGAGUGUGAAGUGUGUGAAUGUCACUCGGUUGGAGCGGUGGGGCAGGUGUGUGCUGCCCACUCAGGGCAGUGUGUGUGUGCUCACCCAUCACUGACCGGUCGCAGAUGCGACCAGUGCCAGGAUCUCUUCUUUGGCUUUAAUCCAAGUGUUGGCAGGUCAGUGCCAUGGUCCAACACCUUUAUCUCGGUCAUGUUCGAGAAAGACGUUUUCAUUUAUUACCAUGCAGCAAGAUAUAUCAUCAAAAUGUCACCAGCCAAGAAAGACCGUCUCAUCAUAUGUACAAAUAUCGAGGCACAAUCUGGAGUCAUUUCCUUUGAUAGCUGCAAGCUAUUGGAAUAUUUCAAAUAUGGAGAAUAUCCCCAACAGCAGCCUCCUCCUCUCGGCCAGGUUCUGAACUCCACGGCUAUAGAGUUGAGCUGGAGAGCCCCUGACUCCCCCAACAGCAAUGUACUGAUGUACACACUGCUUCGAGAUUCAGAGAUCAUGCACAUCAGACACAGCCAGCACCCAUUCGGAACUAUGCAUUACACAGAUGCUGAUUUGUCUCCUUACACGGCAUAUUCUUACCAGCUCAUCACUAGCAAUAUCCGUGCUAACACCAGCAGUGCCACGGUCAGCUUACGCACCCUGUCUGCUGUACCUGAGCAAGAGGAACUCCAAUUAACCCUUGUGGGUCGAGCCAAGCCCACCAGCGCCUCCUUUAACUGGACAGAGCAUUUGAACACCACUGGUCCAGUGGACAGCUAUACCCUGAGCUCGAUACAGGAUCUGACCGGAGAAGAGAGGAUCCACUACACAGGACUUCAAACAGAGGCUACCGCUGAGGAGCUGCAACCCUUCACUGGAUACAACUUCAGUCUGCAGGCUUGCACUAACGGAGGCUGCGCUCGCAGCGAGAGUCUGAUCAUACUUACCGCUCAGAUACCUCCUCAGCAGCAGCCUGCACCCACAAUCACAACCAUAGGGUCCUCUCAACUCCAAGUGGACUGGGAACCGCCAGUGUUACCUAAUGGCAUAAUUAUCAGGUAUGAGCUUUUUAUGCAGCUGCAGAAUGAGUCGCAGAGAAACGCCACCAGUUACGGUCCAGAGCAAAGGGUUUUCCUCAGUAGUGGCUGGCAGAACCCGCGGCGGUCGUUGAGCUCGGCCAAUGAGAAUGCUCUAACCCCGCCUGAGAGCAGUACGGUUGUGUCCAAUCUAGAAUCCUUUUCCACCUACCGCUUCAGAGUGCUCACAUUUAACAUGGCUGGCAGUACCCUGUCAGAGUGGGCCAUGGGGCGAACUGCAGAAGGAGUGCCCGAGUACAUGCCCCCUCCUCACGUGUCCCCUGUGUCCUCGUCCUCGUCCUCACUCAGAGUGAGCUGGGAAAUGCCACAGGACAAAGACGUCAGGGGCGAAGUGACUGAGUACAGAGUCAACCUUCACCAAGAACAAAUGUCCAACCCAUACGCUCCACCUAUAGUAACACAGGUGCUGUACAGUGGAUCAGCACAGGAGCGGAGUUACACGGCAGGAGGACUGAAGGCCUAUGAGGAGUACAGUUUUACUGUAACUGUGUGCAACAGACAGGGCUGCGUGAGCAGUCCAUCUGCAUCAAGCCGAACUCUGCCUUCCGCCCCGGCAGGUCUAAGCGCCCCUACGUUAAGACCGCUGAAUAUGACUGUGAUGAAGGUUUCCUGGGAUGCCCCGGCCGAGCUCAAUGGGCCUCAACCUCUGUACCAUGUGGAGCGGACGGAUGUGUCUUUGUCUGACACCCAGGGUCAGGUUAUAAGGGGGAGACGCUUCACAGGGAGUGGCUACUUCAGAUUUCCCAGCUCCACUUUGCCUGUCAACACUGACUUCACAGGGCUCAGUGAGCUCCGACGAGCGAAAUUCCCAGCUGCCGUCCAGCAACAGUACGGCACGGGAUUGCUCGCCCCCUCAAGUGAGGGUGCUACAGCAGUCAG